AUGGCGCUCCGAGUUGAUAAAGUUGUUGUGGUGCUACUCCUCGUGCUACGAGUCGGUACGCCUGCGCGUUUUCCUAACAAACAGGAGGUACUGCCGCUACACGACCGGUGGGGCGCUCAGGACACCGAUGGAGAAAUGCAGGUGGUGUACUUGCCGGCGCUGCUGCCGCGAGAAGCUCAGUCCACCUCCAACGACGUCGAAGACGUCCCACUUCCCUACAGCUUCGAUGCCUUCGGACGGAGCUUUGAUCUGCAAUUGGUACCGAAUCGUCGGCUGGUGUCACCCCAAUUCGCGGUGUGGUCAGAACAGGGCCAAGAGGCGCCGUUGUCUGCAAUCGACACUUCCUGCCAUUAUCUGCACGCAGGCCCGACGACUGUUGCCGCGUUUUCCGCCUGCAAAGAUCAUACACUACACGGAUUAAUCGUUACGGACAAUUCGACGUACGAGGUGCGUCCGCUGCCGUUGGGCGCGGGUGCAAGAUGGCGCGCACAAGAUGGCGGCGGCCGCACGGCCCACGUGAUCAGGCGCGCGCCACCGCCGCCGCCGUCGGACGACGACGCGAGGUACUUUCGGCCCCGCGUGCGGCGACCGCGCCGGCCCCGCCUGGACACACCGACGCCCGCUAAAUACACCAUAGAGGUGGCGCUGUUCCUCGACGAAGCCGCCUACAGACUGUUCUACCCGUUCCUGAAUCACAAUGAGGCCGAUUUGCGGGACAUGUUGCUCGCGUAUGUCAAUGGAGUACAGGCGUUAUACCACCACCCGUCACUAGGCACUCGCAUCCAACUGUCACUAGUGCGUCUGACUUUGUUGCGAUCGCAACCUAGCGAGUUGCCGCCGCACGCCGAAAGGGGGCGCCUGCUGGAUUACUUUUGCGCUUACCAGCGCUCUCUUAACGUCGACGACGACGAGGAUCCGCAGCAUUGGGAUAUGGCGUUACUGCUUUCAGGGCUGGACUUCUACGCGGAGGAGGGCGGGCGUCGCAACGGGGUGACGAUGGGCCUGGCGCCCGUGGGCGGCGUGUGCCUCCCCGCGCACGCGUGCGUCGUCUCCGAGUUCGGCACGAGCGACCUGCUCGGCCGCCCCUACCCCUCCGCCGGCUUCACAUCCGUAUACAUCCUCGCGCACGAAAUCGGACACAACCUGGGAAUGCACCACGACGGCACUGGCAACUCGUGCGCUCGCGACGGCUUCAUAAUGUCCCCUUCGCGAGGAACGCACGGCGAGGCAACGUGGUCGCGUUGCAGCGCGAAGGUCGCCGCCGAUCUGCAAUGGGCAACCUGCUUGAUGGACGGCGGAGAUGAUGAUGAGGAGGUUCCCCACGAGCUCCGGCAUGAACGGUUCGGGGGCGCCCCUGGUGUUGUAUGGGACUCGAAAAAACAAUGCGAGGUGUUGUUGCGUGACAAGGAUGCGGCGCCGGUGAGCGCGCCUAGUGGAGCUGGUGAUGCGGGGGAGGGGGAGGGAACAUGCGCCCAGCUUGUCUGCCGCUCCCCGCAUCGUCUUGGCUUCUACUAUGCGGGCCCCGCUUUGCCCGGCACUCCCUGCGGUCUACGCAAGUGGUGCCAAGGCGGCGAGUGCGUGGCGGCGGAGCCAGCGGGUGCUGAGCAGACGCCGGCGCCUUCGGGCCCGGGCGAGGCGUGGGGCGGGUGGAGGGGGGGCGCGUGCCGCUCGGGCUGCACGGUGCGGGCCCGGGGAGCGCAAGAGAGGCGCCGCACCUGCGCCACGGGCAGCGUCUGCGAAGGCGCCGCCUAUGACGUCACGCUGUGCGACGACACAAAGGUCUGUGGUAAGAAGAAGCGCGUGGGGCCGAACGAGUUCGCAGCGCGCCGCUGCGGCGAGUACGCGGCCUCGCUGCCGGCUCUGGACGCGCGCGGCGGCGGCCUGCAGGCGCCCCACGACCCUACCACCGUCGCGGAGACGAGGAUGGGUUAUGUUGGACUCGCACCGACUAAAACCCCCACGAUGUUCCACCCGGGCGCUUUCGCACACUUCCCUGCCAGCGUUGGCCGCCUCAGCAGCCCCUUCUCAGGGAGUGACUCCCUCUCCACCAGU